AACUAUUAACACAAUAUGAUCAUGAAAGAAUCAAAUAUCCCCAUGGAAAUGUGUGAUCUAACAAGGCUAAUUACAAACAAACACUUUAGGCUGACUACGAUUUUGGCAUAGAGCUCAGUAGUAAACAAUAUACCAAUAAAUUCAAGCCAACCACUUGCCCAAAUUACCAAUGGGACCUUCCAGCUGGGAUUGUUGUCUUGGCCUACGCUCUUCGACAAGGGCAAUAUGGGAUAAACAUUCUUUUCACCUGUAGGCAUUCUAUUCUGAUAUAAAUAAAUACUCAAGACAUUAUGAGAAGAACUUCCAAACCUCCAUCUACUAUGGAACUUUUCACUUACUAUACCAAUAUUUUUGCCCGCUUUCUGUGCUUCUGUUGUCUACUCUCCACCUUGACCACAACUGCAGAUUCAGACUCAUAUGGAAAACGAAGCAAGGCUGCGCAAAACUGGUUAAAUCAUGGUGGGGACGUGUAUAACCGGAGGUAUGCCAACAAAGAGACCAUAAUCAGCCCUGAAACGGUCUCCAAGCUUCGCCUGAAGUGGAAAUACUAUGCAGGGAGUGACGUAAGUGUAACACCAGCAAUUGCUGAUGGCACAGUUUAUUUCCCAAGCUGGAAUGGUUACCUCUAUGCUGUCAAAGCAUCAGAUGGAUCUCUUGUUUGGAAAAAGAACCUUCAAAACCUAACUGGGUUCAACAACACUGGUUUUGUUCUCAAUGUCAACUCAACAGUCUCAAGAACCACGCCUGCAAUAGCAGGUGACCUGCUCAUUUUCGGACUCUAUGGGCCUUGCGUUGUCAUUGCUGUCAAAAGAUCGAAUGGGAAGCUCGUGUGGUCUACCAAGCUAGAUAACCAUGCCAGAAGCUUCAUCACCAUGUCUGGAACUUAUUACAAGGGGGGUUUCUAUGUUGGAACAUCUUCACUUGAAGAAGGCCUCACUGUGGACCUAUGUUGUACCUUCCGUGGAAGCUUUGCCAAACUAGACGCCAGAACUGGUGCCAUCCUUUGGCAAAUCUACAUGUUGCCUGACAACCUAGGCAAGAUGGGAGAGUAUGCAGGAGCUGCUAUAUGGGGUAGCAGCCCAUCUAUUGACCCUAUCAGGAAUCAUGUCUAUAUUGCAACAGCAAACUUAUAUUCAGCUCCACUUUGGGUACGCCAAUGCCAAGAAAGGGAAAACAAUCUAACAGUACCCACCAGCCCAUACAAGUGCAUUGAGCCUGAUAACCACUCAAAUUCAAUAAUAGCACUUGAUUUGGACUCUGGCAAAAUCCAGUGGUACAAGCAGCUUGGAGGUUAUGACUUAUGGUUUGGAGCAUGCAACCGGCAUUUGGACCCAGCCUGUCCACCUGGACCAAGCCCGGAUGCUGAUUUUGGGGAGGCCCCAAUGAUGUUAAGUAUGCAACUCAACAGAACUAAGCAUGAUAUUGUCGUCGCUGUCCAAAAAAGUGGGUAUGCAUGGGCUUUGGAUCGUGACAAUGGCAGUCUUCUCUGGUCUAUGGAGGCUGGACCAGGUGGCCUUGGUGGUGGAGGUAUGUGGGGAGCAGCCACAGACGAAAAGAGGGUGUACACCAACAUUGCCAACAGCCAGCACAAGAACUUCACACUCAAACCAUCCAAUAACACAACAAUUGCAGGUGGAUGGGUAGCAAUGGAUGCUCGUAAUGGCAAUAUCUUAUGGUCCACGGCUAAUCCUAGCAAUCUCACUGCCACUUCUCCUGGCCCUGUUACUGUGGCCAAUGGCGUUGUUUUCGCAGGAUCAACAUAUAGAGAAGGACCCAUAUAUGCAAUGAAUGCCAAGACUGGAAAAAUUCUAUGGUCACAGGACACUGGAUCCACUAUGUAUGGUGGUGUUUCAGUGAGCAAUGGCUGCAUCUAUGCGGGUAGUGGCUAUAAGGUUCAUGUUGGUUAUGUUAAUCCAAAUUUUACAUCGGGGACCUCAGUCUUUGCUUACUGCAUCAUGGACAAUCGUUUCAAGGAACGGAAAGAUUGAAAUAGGGCAGCGAAAAAGGCAAUCGCAAGGGUUUUAUCUUGUUCCUAUCCAAAUAAAAGUAUGCUACUGCUUCCUAUGAAUUACCAUAUAAUGAAUUAUCAAUUUCUACAUCUGAAUAUAAAAAGUCUGAUGUUUCAUUAAGCAUUACUAUCAGUUCAGUUCUAAGUCAGCAUCAAGUUAUGCUCCCCUAGACAAAUUUAAUUGCCAUGCUCAAUAUUUCAUCCAUGAAAACUCCCUGCUUUCAAAAUGUACUCUGAGUGGAGUAUUCAUAGGUUCAAUAUUCUUCUAAGGCAGUACUAUCCACUACAAAUGAUGCAGUCUGAUGUUUCACUAAGCACCCAGUCAAAACAAGAAGCUGCGAACACAUAAUAUGGCAACAAAUGUCAAGGUACCUCUCUAGUUCAAGGAAAUGCUCUGCAACAAAUUGACCUUCAUUUCAGGCGCAUCAC